AUGGCGCAGGCGAAGGCCGAGAGUCGCUUUAAUGGCGGCACUUCCGGCCUAAACAAUGAGCCACAACAGCAGCAGCUACAAGUGAAUCUCAAUGCCUGGCAGCCAUUGACGGGCCACAACAAUUGGCUCAUUUUGCAGGCAACGGCGGCAACAUCAAUGCAGCAGCGCCAACAGCAACAGCAGCCAAACCAACAACAGCAGCAGCUACAACAACAACAGCAGCAACAGCAACAACAAGCAGAGCAGCAACAACAGCGACUUCCUGUCAAUUAUUACGCCUACAAUCAUCGCUAUCAGGCAAACGAGGAGGCUGCCGUUGACAUCGGAAAUUACAAACAGGUGCGGCAAAAUCGAAAAGUUGGCCCUUCCAGCUACGUCUUAGCCAUAAGCCAGUCGAUACCGAGACUCCAAUUGUCGCCAUCUGAUGUUGGGCAGGAUGUUCGCCUCAAGCCGGAAGCGCGCAAAGCUGACAAUUUCGUGGCCUUAACUAAUGCCGCCGAUAAGCCAGUUGAUGGCCCGAAAAAGUCAUCGCCUCCAUCAUUUACAAUUAACAACUAUUUGGAGAGAUUUGAGCGAGUCAUGUCUAAGGUGCGCAGCUUUUGUGACACAGUGCGUGAACUCAUCAGCAUAGAAGCUGAGGGAGCAGAGGAGCAGGAGAUGGAGAUGGAAAAGCAGCUUCGGUCAGAUACCCAGUCAAGUCAAUUGGAGGACAGCACUUUAACAGCGACAUCAAAGGAAGUUCAAGGUCGUCACAGUCGUAUGCCUGCCGUUUCGCAGAGCCGCAAGCUGAAAAAGUUGAAAAAGAAAAUUCAGAAACUGCUUUUACCCCUACUCAUUGCAUAUAAACUGAAAUUUCUGACGCUGAUACCCGUUCUAAUUGGUGGUCUGACCCUGCUGGUGGGCACCACUGGUCUCGCUGGCUUCUUCUUUGCUCUAUUUACGGCAGUGAUGAGCCUGAAGUCAUCAACAGGUGCUGGCCACUCCAGCAAAGCGAUUGUAUUAAAGAAAAUUUGA